AUGUUUACAUUGAACUAUUGGAUCCAAUACUACACUACUCUCCCAUUUACACUUCUAUACAACUUUGUGGUCAGGAACAAGACUUUCAAUUAUGGCUUGAACAAGUUGCGUUGGAUCGCCAAAACUGGUAGUUAUUUGGACGUUAGACAGAACUUGAAUGAGAAGGAGUUAAAAGAUAUACUAGCGUUAUUGAAAAAGAAUGAAUUUCCAGAGAUUUCAAAUGAAGAGUAUACAUCAAAAGCCAGAUGGAUUAUCAAAUCAAAGAAUUUAACAAAAGAUUCACCAAUCUUGUUUUUCAUUCAUGGUGGUGGGUUUACUUUAAAAGCUCAAAAAUCUCAAAUUAGAUCAACAAUUAAAACUUACAGAGCCCUACAUAAUGAAGAUUUAUCCAUCCUAUUGAUUGAUUAUCAAGUUGCCCCUGAAUCUAGAUUCCCAACUCCAAUUGAAGAAGUGUUUUAUGUCUAUCACAAACUAACUGAACAAGAUGGUUAUAAAAACAUCAUCAUUAUGGGUGAUUCUGCAGGUGCAAAUCUAGCUUCUCUAGUUUUAUAUCAAGUUCAAAAUAAACUAGAAAAUUUUUUAAAAUUGAAAGUUAAACCAAAUGCUGCCGUACUAUUAUCACCUUGGGUUGAUUUAGCUGCUGAAAAGAAAGGCUCUUUCAUCAAGAAUGAACAAUUUGAUUAUAUUUCAUACGAAGCUGUCCGUUAUUGGGGGUCACUAUACACUUCUGAACCUGAAAAUCCAUUAGCAUCUCCACUGAAACUUGCUAAAUGGGAGGGCGCCUUGCCAAACAAAGUGUUUUACCAAUAUGGUGAUGGUGAAGUGUUGUUAGAUAUGAUUGAAGCUUUCAAAGAUAAAAUCGGUGUCCAAUCAAAAGAUGUUCACAUUGAACCAAACGGUACUCAUAUUCAUCAAUUUGUCAACUAUUCAAAGUAUUCACAAGAAAAAUUUGAAACAACUCCAUUCUGUAACAAUUUAGUUGCAUUUUUGAAGACAGUUGUAUAG